GGCAGCCCCGCAACAACGACACCCCCGCCCAAAGACCAUCCUCGCCCCCUGAUGCCUUCUCCUUCCCCAAGACGCGCGCCUCUGGAGCCAGGGACAAUUUGGUCAUUCCGUAAUCCGAUCAAAACCCACCCAAACCCAACUCCGGUCGCUCCUCCUCCCUCCCUUCCGCCCGAAGUCUCCACGCUCCCUUGCUUCCGCCCGUUUAAAACCGUCGCUUCGUCUCGACUCCACUAGGUCAUUUUCCCUCGCCCAAUCCUCGCUCGCGUCAAAACCUAGUGGGCACGGGAGUCUCCCCCCACGCGCCCGGCGCCUCCGCCUCAGAUCCGAUGGGCGCGGCGCCAUCGACGCCGAGGCUGGGCGCUGCAGGCGCGCCGCCGCCGCCCGGCGCGGCGGAGCAGAUGUUCGCGGCGCUGGUCGGCGAGAAGGCGUACCCGAUCUCCUCCGAGUUCUGGAAGCAGCUCCUCGAGCUGCCCCUCACCCUGCAGUGGCCGCGCGACCGCGUGCUGCAGGCGUGCCACGCGUUCGCCCAGAACAACUUCCAAACAAAUCAUCUCGCAAAGAUUUUGAUCCAUUUGGUUUGGUGCUUGCAAGAGUGCACUUCAACAACUUCGGUAUCUUGUGUUGUAUAUCGGAAGGCUAUCAAUGCUGCAUAUAUAUCAUCCAUAUUUCUCAAAUUCAUCAUUGAAAAUGCGAAAACUGAUAAUUGGCAAGAGCUAUGUCUUGACAUUGACAAGAAUGAGAAGGGGAUGGAAAAUUUUCCUGCAGAACACACCGUGGAGUAUUUUCUGAUGAGAGGUGUGCUGAACUACAUUGGUAGUGUAGAUGUAAGUCCGGAGUCAUGCUACCUACAUCAUGAACUUCUGAACUUGAUGCUAGUUCUUAUGUCGACUCAGUUAUGUUCUGGACCAUCUCCUGAACCAAAAGAUGUGCAUCCUUUCAUUGAUGCAGCUAUGCUUCAGGACAGCUCCAUAGUGGCCUCGGUGGUGCAAACGUUGUUGCUUAAUUUUGUAACACGGCCAAAGAUUCCUCUACAUGGUUCGCACCCUGUUCUCUCUGAUGAUGGUAGGCCUGGUGUUCUGCAGCGAGUUGGCUCAGCAGCUGCAAAUUUUGUCUUACUGCCUUAUUAUACGUUCAACUACCUUGUAAGCUCAACUCCUGAGGGUGCAACAAGUCAAUUGGCAGAUAAAAGUUUACUUGUUCUGCUUAUUAUGAUCCACUACCGGAAGUGCAUUUCAAUAAUUGAUUCCAUUCCGAGCAACAAUAUAUACGCAAUGGAUUCAAAUACCAAGGACAAGGAUGCACCAGCUUUUCAUGAGAACCCUUAUUGCAAGGCUUUAAACAAUGCUAAGGACGUUCAAUAUGAUCGUGCUGAUGUUGAAGGAAAUGCUCAACAUGGACCUGUUGUCAGGUUGUCUUUUGCAGCACUAUUUGAUGCUCUUGGCAUAUGCUUAAAUGAUGAGAGCUCGGUUCUGUUGCUCUAUUCUUUGGUCCAUGGGAACUGUGACUUUCAGGAGUACUUUCUGGUUCGAACAGACUUGGAUACUUUGCUGAUGCCUAUCUUGGAAAUGCUCUACAAUGCAUCAAGGAAGACUUCGAAUCAGAUCUACAUGUUGUUGAUAAUUCUCCUGAUCCUCAGUCAAGAUUCAACCUUUAAUGCUAGUGUGCACAAAUUGGUGAUUCCUGCUGUUCCUUGGUACCAUGAGCGCCUCAUCCAUCAAGCAACUCUGGGAUCUUUGAUGGUUGUAAUAUUGAUCCGGACCAUCAAGUACAACCUCUCCAAGUUGCGGGAUGUCUACCUUCACACAAACUGUCUCGCAAUUCUAGCAAAUAUGGCUCCUCAUGUGCAUAGGCUGAGCGCAUAUGCAUCUCAAAGGCUGGUUAGCCUCUUUGACAUGCUUUCUCGCAAGUAUGCCAAAUUAGCCGAGUUAAAAAAUGACAAGGCUCUCAAAGUUAUAUCUGAUCAGAUGGAAGCAGACAGCAUCGCAGAUGAUACGUCCACAGAGCUUCACAUAUAUACUGACUUCUUAAGAAUUGUUCUGGAAAUCAUCAAUGCAAUCCUUACAUAUGCAUUGCCCAGAAACCCUGAGGUUGUGUAUGCUAUAUUGCAUCGGCAAGAGGUUUUUGAGCCAUUCAAGAACCAUCCACGUUUCAAUGAAUUGCUUGAGAACAUAUAUACAGUAUUGGAUUUCUUCAAUAGUCGAAUGGACAUGCAACAAUUAGAUGGGGAAUGGUCUGUGGAUAAGGUGCUUGAAGUCAUUAACAAAAACUGCCGUUCAUGGCGUGGAGAAGGGAUGAAGAUGUUUACCCAAUUAAGAUUUACAUAUGAGCAAGAAAGUCACCCUGAGGAAUUCUUUAUUCCAUAUGCAUGGCGCCUUGUUCUAUCAUGGGGGUUCUCUUUCAAUCCUGGCGCCAUAAAUUUGUUCCCUGUGGAGAUUCACCUUGAUGAUGCACCGUCUGGUGAACAAAAGGUUUAAGAAUGAUCUGAACCUGAAAUCUGUGAAGAACACAGUUACACAGAGAUCUUUUUGUUUCCUCAUCGCAGCAAAGAGUUUGUUGUAUAUAAGGCGGCAUAAACAAGAUGGUCGAACUGUACUCAUUCUCAUUCUUUUGUGUUAAUAUUUCUGUUGUCACAUAAUGUAAUGCCUGAGCCCUGAGGGAUGGAGGGAUUGCGCAUGGGAUUGGAUUUUGGUUAGUAGAGGGUAGCGGACUAUAUAGGGUAUACAUAAUUCUUUCACAAGUUAUUGUUGUAUUUUACCAUUAAGCUGAAAGGCCUUUCUAGUGUAA